CUGUAAAUAUGUUUCAUUUCCACACAUACAAGUAAUCAGAAUGAUUUUCUUUAAUAUGCAACAGCAUUCCCCAGCCUCAAGUCCCUGUUGAGCUUCUCAACUCCGUGUAAGCUUUUCUUUGGAGCAAGACUGAAGAGGUUUCCCUAUGCUGACUUCUAGUGGUGGUAUUAAUUUGCGAGUCCACCCUCCAGCCUUGGAUUUCUUGGUGGUCUCCUUCCCGAGCAGAAACUAACUCAGACCCCGCUCGGCUUUUUUCAAAAUCAACGUAGAGGCGCCCUUUGUUUUGGACACAACUUUUAUAUAACAUUGACUGCAUUUAUCUCUCGGAGCUCAAAGGGAUUUUACCCUUUAGCAUCAAAACAUUCGACGGAGGAAGAGAUUCACCUGAGAUCUAUUGGCCCCUCAAGACAUGGGGGAGUCACAACUGUUGCAAACGAAAAGCGAUUUGGGUCGAACGAGCGACAUAAUUACGCUUUACGGGAUGCCAGGAGGAGACAUGGCCAAACCACUGCUAGAUCAUCAGAGCAAGGACAGUAAUUUAAGCCUGGCCCCGGCUGCUGGGAGCAGGACAAUUGGGAUUCUGGGAAGUGGCGACUUUGCACGCUCCUUGUCUAUGCGCCUGGUGUGCUCAGGUUUCAAAGUAGUGGUUGGAAGCCGGAACCCGAAGCGCAAUACCAGCCUCUUUCCUUCUGCAGUUGAAGUAACAUGCCAGGCAGACGCCAUAAAGAAGGCCGAUAUCAUCUUUGUUGCCAUUUUCAGAGAACACUACACCACACUCUGUGACCUCAACAACGAGCUUUCUGGCAAGCUACUGGUGGAUGUUAGCAACAAUGCUGAAAUAAAUCAUCACAAAGAAUCCAAUGCAGAGUAUCUAGCCUCAAUUUUGCCAGCCUGCACUGUGGUCAAAGGAUUUAACGUCACUUCAGCCUGGACCCUGCAGUCAGGUCCCAGAGAUGGGAACAAACAGGUCUUCAUUUGCUCUGACAACCAAGAAGCCAAACAGGCUGUUGCUGAAAUUGCUCAUGCCCUGGGCUUCAGCCCGGUGGACAUGGGCGCCUUGUUCUCAGCUCGGGAAAUAGAGAAUAUUCCUUUGCGUCUCCUUCCUGCCUGGAAGAUUCCUGUCUUCUUGGCCCUGGGCCUCUUCCUCUGCUUCUACACCUACAACUUCAUCCGGCAAGUUUUGCAUCCUUACAUUCGAGAGAAGAAGAACAAAUUCUACAAGAUCCCUGUGGAGAUCGUCAACACCACCUUGCCUUGCGUGGCCUACGUCAUGCUCUCCCUGGUCUACCUUCCUGGAGUGCUCGCAGCCAUCUUUCAGCUGUACCACUGCACAAAGUACCGGCGUUUCCCUGACUGGCUUGACCAGUGGCUGCAACACCGGAAGCAGAUAGGCCUCCUGAGCUUUUUCUGUGCAGCACUGCAUGCUGUCUACAGUCUGUGCCUACCCAUGCGUCGGUCCCACCGCUAUUUAUUGCUCAACGAGGCAGUCAAGCAGGUGGAGAAGAGAACAGACGCUUGGGUGGAAGAGGAAGUCUGGAGGAUGGAGAUAUACAUCUCUUUUGGCAUCAUGGCUCUGGGCUUGCUCUCGUUACUUGCCAUAACCUCACUCCCAUCCAUCUCGAACUCUCUCAACUGGAGGGAAUUCAGCUUCGUUCAAUCUACCCUCGGUUUCGUUGCUCUGGUGAUCAGCACAUUCCACACCUUGACUUAUGGCUGGACAAGAGCCUUUGAUGAAAACCAAUACAAGUUUUACCUGCCUCCCACUUUCACCCUCACCCUCCUGGUACCGUGCACCAUAAUCCUAGCUAAGCUCUUUUUCAACUUUCCUUGUAUGAGCCAAAGACUGCAGCGCAUCAGGAGUGGCUGGGAGCGGAGCAGGUAUGUCAAGUUCACGUUGCCGAGAGCAUCUGGGGAAUUUUCCAGUGGAGAAAGCAGCAGCACUGUGUGAUGUUGAUGAACCUCUGUUUCCAUUACAAUUGUGAAGAAGCAUUAUGAUUCUGUUUUUAUUGUGUGUGUUUUUUAGGUUUUUUUUUUUUAAAAAAGCCUAUUUGGGAUCAUUAAAUGAUGGGCAAUAUCUUAUUCCAGGAGAAAGAUAUCGAACAGAGUAACAUUGAGAAUACACUGAUAAUCUCCUAGGUUAUAAAAAGGUUGCCUUAAAAACAUCAGUGCAGAAUUUUCACUUAGACCAUUGAAACAUAGGUAAGGAAACACAGGCAUUCUGCUUCUUCAAUACAGGUAGAACACAACACUAGAAACAUUUCAUUUUUCUCUGAUACCAGUCUUUUUUUUUUCCUUCAUUAGGCUGCAAUCAGACCCACACUCAUGAAUGACAUUUGGACUUCCUUCUGAGCAGAAGAUUAGCUGCUUCUACGGGACAUUUAGUGUGCUAAUGUUGUUCACUGAUAGAUUAGCUAAGGAGAUUCUCUGGCAAACAAAAGAUGUUUUAAGUUCUGCGAAACUGACUUUCAGCUAUACCCAGCCCCUUAUUCAUCAAACAAUGAGAACUAAUUCUCACAAAUAACAAACAUCUAGUUAUUAAAGAAAAUACUUCUCACAGGAGAAGAGGGAAUCAACUGUACUGCCUAGAAAUUAGUCAACAAAGGUCAGGGAGGGUUAUUUUAAAUAUCCCGCAGCUACUGAUACAGCAACUGCGUUUUAAUUCCUUCCAUUGUUUCCAAAACUUUUCAGCGUAGUGUUAUUUCUGUAUACAACAUGGUAGGGGCAAAGAAGCUUUGGGGCUACAGUAUCAGCCGUUAUGGAGACAGAAUUAAAUGUUUUACAUAUGUACACAUAGCUGCAGCAUAUAAUAUUGGUCACAUUUCUCUUACAUGGACAAAUGCACACAUAGGUUACUUGAUCCUUCUGAGCAAAUGCAAUGAUAAAUAUGCCACAGAUUCAAGCUGAUAUCCAUCUUGUAAUAUGGGGGCCACUUAUAUUCCCUGGUGUGGUUGAGGGAGGGGGAUUAAAGGAAGGAAGGAUGUUUCUUCCAUCUAUUUCAAAAUCUUGGGAGAUCACCAGGUCCCCUAAAAUUUUGGCAUCCUUGCAUAGAAUGUCAUGAGCUUUAAGAUAUCAUGCUCUCAUGGCAAUCUGAGAUUGGAUCUUGUUCUUUUGCAAAAAAAAAAAAAAUUGAGAUUCUGCAGAUGCCAACUUGUCCACAGAUGCUACAUUACAGUGGCCUUGAAAAGCAUUAAAUGACAUAGUAAAUUCACAUAAAGAACAAUUUUGGAAUGGCUGCUCUAGAUCAGCAGCCUUUUAGCACUUCAGUCAGUUAGAUAAAAUGGACUUUGGAUUCCUUUUAUAAUUGGUAUUAGCAAAAGCUGCUCUUCCGUUCCAAAGAGCUGGCCCUCAAGUGUGCAGUAUCCACUGUUAAGAGGUAUUGUAGUUACGCCAUUCUGAAUGUUUUAUCCUGCAUCUUUACCCAUUAGCUCUAUUGUUCUGUUGUUUCCUCAUUGUCUCAGCCAUGGGGUAACAUAGAAUGAAGGGCUGGCUUUUCCUGAAUAGUUUGGGUAAACUGCUUAGAUUCAGAACUUGAGUGAGGGCCGUCCUUUCCUCAGUUAUUCAUAGCAGCACUGAACAAAUGGGGACAGAAACUGCUCAAAGAAGAGGAUACAAAGUUUGGGCCUAUAAACUGGACAAGUGGCAGCAACUGUGUAUCAGCAACCUAUUAGCGUAUAUAAUGAUAGAGAAAUUAACUUAAGCUAGGCAGGUAAAUACAUUUAACAUAUUUAAAUUUAACGAAUAAAAUAAAUAAAAGUGACAUUUUGAAUGGUCUCACAACUUUGAAGAAUGAAAAGUGUUCCAGUGCUAUCUUACUGCACAUAGACAAUGUUAUUAAUUGAUGGCUGUAUACCCCGCCCAGCCUCUGCGUUGCGAUGCCAAUUCUUCAUAUAUAGUAAAAUAAUUUUCGUUUCAGUGUGAACUUUAAAAGAAUUGGCAGUGGAACACAAUAGAAUGAACAGUUGCAAUUGCCGCAUAAUCCAAGGAAAAGUCAUAAGGUGCUUUUACAGAGAGGUUCUGUGUACUUCAAAGCAUCUUUUCUAAGUAUGAAUUGAACCUACUGAAUGGCCCAACUACAAAUAAUUUGCCAAAUCUUUAAAUUCUGAAAGUGUGCAAUGAUUCAAUGAAGGCCUUGGCUGUACUGUAGACACAUUUGAAGCAAGACCUGCUUGUUUUGGAUUUUGAAGUCGGGAACCGAGUCCCAUUGGCAAGCUACUUGGCUUGAGUCACACACAUCACUAAAGUAAGAUGAUAAUAUAUAUAAUAUUUGGUUUAGCUUCAUAUAACCAAGUUUGUUCAACAAACAUGGUAAAAAUGCUGGCUUAAAGGUGAAUAGACUAUCGAGAUUUAGGUGAGUUCACCGAAACCUAUUGACCUGCUGGAUCCACAAAUCCUUGUAGGGUGGCAUUUAUCUUUCCCAGCAUCUAUUUUACACAUGGAGUCUGUCUAGCAUAAGUGAUAUAUAAGUCUAAGUGCUAUUGCUAUACAAGGUUGGAACACAUACACACAGUAUUCCUUAUAUUACCAGACAAAUUUCUGCUGAGGUUGGCACAGUUUAAACAGACUAUAAAGUUGUGCAGCAAAGAUUGUCAGGUAACUUUGCAGAAAUUGGUCCUGAGCCAUCGUUCCCAUGGAAGCUGGCAACAAGAAAUUAAUUUCUAUAAUUAUUUCAUAAGCUUGGCAUGGAUCUUGACUGGAAAUAACUGCAAAGUAGCCAUAAGAAUUGGCUGUGCAUUAUUUCUUUACCUAUUAUUUCAAUCUGGUUCUUGUCUGACUGCAUCUGGGAUGUUAGUCCAUAACCACACUCAUAGUAAUGGUAACAGUUUUCCAAAAUGUUUGGAACACCCCUAUUUUUAGAAAUGGACUGUUCCAGUUGCAAAUACCUUUUGUUUUCCCGCCAAUAAGAAUGUAAGCAGCAUCGUGCUUGAGUUAGUUAUUUGAUUUUUUCUAUAGCGGCGUUUGAAUUUGAAUUUGAAUUUCAGUCAUUUUGAUUGCAGAUCUUGUUAACGUAUGUAUUUUUUAUAAUGUUGGGGCCAAGUUUUCCAUCAAAAAGAGGGCAAUUUGGGUGAUCCAAACUUGGAAGAAACUGUUCUAAAAUGGUAUGAAAAAGUAGAGAGUGAUAUGAGUGAAGUAGAAUCGGAUUGCAACAAAAAUUUUGUAAUGUGUGAUGAGGAACCUGCCUCCGAUUCUGACAUCGGUGAUGAUGAAGCUCCCAAUGAAAUUGAUGACCAGGUACAAUCUACGUCUUGCAAUAAUUUAUAUGGCAAGAACAAAUUCAAAUAGUCUUCUGCACCUUUUGAAAGCAAUAGAUCCAGAACCGCUACUCACAAUAGUGUACUACAAUUACCUGGUCUACGGUCAGCAGCUAGAAAUCUCAGAAAUUCACCUGCUCCGCUAGAGAUUUGGAAAUUAUUAUUUUCUAAAGAAAUUAUUAGCACCAUCAUUCAAUGGACCAAUGUAAAGAUUAGAGCAGAAAAAUUGAAGUUAAAGGAUGGAGAAACAAAAAGUGACCUGCGCGAUGUGGAUUUGAUAGAGAUCAAUACGUUUUUUGGUUUACUGCUCUAUACAUCAAUCCAACCAUGAAAACAUCGACUGUUUUUUUCCUACUGAUGGAACUGGUCAAGAAAUUUUUAGAUGUGUAAUGAAUCAAAACAGAUUUGCUGUUCUUCUUUGAUGCCUUUAAUUUGAUAAUCCAGAUGACCAAAAGGAACAACAGGCAUUGAAUCCCUUUGCCCCGAUUGCAGAAAUCUUUGCACAAUUUGUAAAAAAUUGUCAGCAGGCUUACACAAUUGGGACAUCAGCCACCAUUGACGAGAUGUUAAUUGGAUUUCGUGGGAGAUGCAAAUUCAAAAUGUACCUUCCACUAAAACCUGACAAAUAUGGGCUAAAGCUCUUAUGCCUUAUGGAUUCUCGCAAUCGCUAUUUUUUCAAUGGUUAUUUAUAUUUAGGGAAGAAUUCAGAUGGACGAUCUUUAUCAGAGAAGGACUGCAAAUUUUCCAAACCUACUCAAUCUAUUGAGAUUAGCCAAACCUCUAUUUCAUACUAAUAGAAAUAUAACUGCUGAUAACUGGUUUAGUCCGAUUGAGGUAGUUCGCGAAUUAAGAGACAGAGGUUUGACUUAUGUAGGGACCAGGGGUGAAAUCCAGCAGGUUCUGACAGAUUUUGGAGAACCAGUAGUAGAAAUUUUGAGCAGUUCGGAGAAUCAGUAGCGGAAAUUUUGAGUAGUUCAGAGAACCAGCACAUACCACCUCUGGCUAGAGGUGGAGGAAUGGAGAUUUUGCAGUAUCCUUCCCCUGCCAUGCCCACAGAACCGGUAGUAAAAAAAAUUGGAUUUCACCACUGGUAGGGACUCUGAAGAAAAAUAAAGCUGAGAUUCCUCCUUCAUUUCUUCCACAUCUAAGGAAAGCUAUUGGCUCUUCCAUGUAUGCAUUUACAAAAGAAAUAACCCUCUUUUCAUAUGUUCCAAAGAAAAAUUGUACAGUAUGUUUAGCAUCCUCGAUGCAUCAUAAUGAAUAUACCGAUCCCGAUAGCAACAAACCUGAAAUUCUUUCUUACAACAGUAAUAAAGGAGGUAUUGAUUCAUUGGACCAAAAGUGUGCCAUAUAUUCUAGUGGGAGGCGUACCAGAAGAUGGCCUAUAGCAAUAUUUUUUCAGUAUACUGGAUAUUAGUUCAGUAAAUUCUUUUAUCCUUUACAAUUGUUAUCAUAACACCAAUAAGAAAAUAACCAGGCUCAACUUUGUCAAACAAUUAGCAGAAACAUUGGUUAGAGAUGAAAUGAUAAGACGACUAUAUAAAAAAAUACCAAGAAAAUUGAAGGUUGAAUUUGAAAAAUUCUGCAAGUAGAAGAAAUCCCUUAAGAUGAAAAUUUAGAUAAACUUGAAAAAAGAAAAAAAUGUGUUCUGUGUAAUCCAAAUUUAAAAGGAAAAACUUUUCAUUUGUGUUAUAUGUGGAAAAAGCCAAUAUGUAACAAAUGCUGAAAAAGACUCUGUAAACAUUGCGGUGACUAAUAUUUAUUAUUAUAUUUGUUUCUCAAUUUAUAAAAUUUGUUAAUUUGAUCACUAAAUGAAAAUUUUAACUAUACAAAAUAAAUUUAACGACAUGUCCCACCUAUUAUUUUCAUAGAUUAAGAAAAUUGUAUGAGCAGUCAUUAUGACCUCAUGUCUGUAAUAGCGUAUCCGAAAUAGUAUGUCUGUGGUUAAGGGCUAGAAAUGACUUACAUUUGGACUGUGACAUUUUGAAUUUCUAAAAAAAAAACUCAAAAUGUGUUCCGUGCCACAGUCGCUAAACCAGUUUUAGAUCUCCUUUGAGGAGCUUUCUCGCAGAUAGAAACUAAUGAGUAAUAUGAAAAGUGGUGCUCAUGUAUUAGGGUUCUGCAUAAGUUCCAGAAAUGAUGCUUUGUAACCUGUAGAAGUGCAGUAUGUGCCAAGCCUACUGUACAGAGCUAGUGGGGAAUAGCUUCCAAGCCAGCCAUGCAGUCCCUCCAAAUGACACGGCUGCUUAAAAAAUUUACGAAGAGGUGUUUUUUAUAUACACUCUCCCCUAUAUCGAAGGCUUUACAGCAUUCAGCCUAGCAGAUGUCUGAUUCUAUCGAAUAGUGCAAAAAUCCUUGUUAAACAGCCAGGCCAGGGCAAGGCAGGCCAGGCUUCUUGCAUACAGUGUAUAUAAGAGAUACAAUCUUGGCAAGUACAAUUUAAUAGCUAAUUUGUCUCUAUUAUCCAAAGAUGCCUAUACAGUUAUUACAUUAGUAAUUGACGGUUGCCAAGAACGUCACAUGUAAAUGUUGCAAAGCAUCAGAAUUGCUUUAGUUUUUGUGGAACAUUCCUGUUUGCAUGAAGCAUUUUAAAAGUGACUUUGAUUUUGUUAAAGAAACCAGCCAUGUUUUUUUUCUCUCUCUCUUUCUCUCUCUCUCUCCCCCCUCUCCCCCUCUCUUUCUCUCUCUCUCUGGUCACAAUAGGAAACAACCUCUUUGUAAAUAGUUUCUGCAUUUUUAACCAGUCAAUAUUGGGACAGAAAGGUUUGUGUAAUGCUCGCUUGAAGAUUAUUUUUAUAUCUAUAUUCUGUAUGAAUAUCUGCCGCAAAACUAAAAAAUUGUAACAUACUGCCUAUAUCAAUGUUUUUCUGCACUGCCUAAUUUGUGCCUUGGUAAUUGUAAAGUUACAAUCCUGCUCUACAGUGGAUAUUUUAUUAUUCCUAUCAUAGUGUAAAAAAAGAAUGUAAUCAGGAUAUAUCUAUGAACUGAUGCAAAGAACUUGCUGUCUCUCUUUUUUCUUAUUUGCAGUAAAAGACUAUUUCUAGA